AUGAAAUUAUUACUUAUCCUUAGUUAUUUUAUUGUAGCAGUCUUGUCGCACGCGACUAUUACAACGCUUCCAAACCCCAAACCGACUCCCCAGGCUACUUGUAAACUGUCAAGUAUUGCUACAGCUUGCAGUGUUAAGAUCGGGGAAAGAUCAAAAGACUUGAAAUAUGCUACAUUCAAGACCUUUCAAUACAAAAGUGUCAAAUGGAUUAAGGAUGAUAUCUACCAAGUUGAGGUUGAAUUUGAAAUAUCAAACGGCAUCAAUAAAAAGUCACUUUCCACCCUUAGAUUGUUAGAUUUGCAAACUCCUGAUAAUUAUUUAAAUGGUAUGGCUGAAUUAAUUAACGUAGCAAAGAAGAUUGAUAAAGUCGAAAACGAUGAAAAACAUAUCACCGUUGUUUGGUUAAUGAAGGCAACUCGUGUCGGUAACAAAGCUUGUGCUCAUUCAUUUAGUCUAGAAUACAACUGGUGCGAUAAGAAUGACGGAACUUAUAUUGCAGCCAACUGCGACAAGCCAACCAAGCCUCCUUAUGCUCGUUACGUAUUUGAAUGUCCAGCUAAAAAUGAAUUAGCUGAUGGAGCAAUGUACUGUUGGGAUUUGGGAUGUGGAAUGCCUGUGCCUGAAACAUCUUCUGAAGAACCAGAAACAUCUUCUGAAGAACCGGAAUCAUCUACUGAAGAACCAGAAACAUCUACUGAACCAGAAACAUCCACUGAGGAACCAACAACGUCUACUGAAGUACCAGAAACAUCUACUGAGGAACCAACAACGUCUACUGAAGAACCAGAAACAUCUACCGAAGAACCAGAAACAUCUACUGAGGAACCAGAAACUUCUUCCGAAGUACCUGAAACGUCACCUGAACCUGAACCUUCAUCUUCGCCAGAACCAGAAACAUCCACUGAGGAACCAGAAUCAUCCACUGAGGAACCAGAAUCAUCCACUGAGGAACCAACAACAUCUACUGAAGAACCAGAAACAUCUACCGAAGAACAAGAAACAUCUACUGAGGAACCAGAAACUUCUUCCGAAGUACCUGAAACGUCGCCUGAACCUGAACCUUCAUCUUCGCCAGAACCAGAAACGUCACCAGAACCAGAAACUUCACCUGAACCUGAAGCUUCAUCUUCACCUGAACCAGAAACAUCCACUGAGGAACCAGAAUCAUCCACUGAGGAACCAGAAUCAUCCACUGAGGAACCAACAACAUCUACUGAAGAACCAGAAACAUCUACCGAAGAACAAGAAACAUCUACUGAGGAACCAGAAACUUCUUCCGAAGUACCUGAAACGUCGCCUGAACCUGAACCUUCAUCUUCGCCAGAACCAGAAACGUCACCAGAACCAGAAACGUCACCAGAACCAGAAACAUCCACUGAGGAACCAGAAACAUCCACUGAGGGACCAACAACGUCUACCGAAGAACCAGAAACAUCGUCGCCAGAACCAGAAACGUCACCAGAACCUGAACCUUCAUCUUCGCCAGAACCAGAAACUUCACCUGAACCUGAACCUUCAUCUUCACCUUCUCCAGAACCUAAACCCUCAUCUUCGGCAGAACCAGAACCCUCACCUGAACCUAAGCCUUCAUCGUCAGUGGGUCCAGAAGAGUCAAGUACUACAACCACUACAACUACUUCAACUCAGCCUCAAUCUGAAACUACCAAGUCCGAGUCCAGUGAUGUCACGUCUACAACAAUUAUUACAAGUACAAUUACUGGUACUUCUACCUUUGAAACUACUUUGACAACAACUGAAACCAUCACCACCGUCUGCUCAAGUAGUAUCCCUACAACAAUAGUCAUCACUACUGAAUAUCCUGCUACUUUAACAACUACUACCGUUGACAACUAUGUCACCACCAUUACUGUUCCAUGCACCACUGUUGAAACAAUCACUGUCCCAACUUCUGCAACUGAAUCUACAACUAUCAUUGUUUAUACAACCACCGAGCCUGUUACAAUUACGGUUAGUGGAGAACCCUGUACCACUGUUACCGAGGUUGUUCGUACUUUAACAAUACUUCCAGAUGUUCCUGAUGUUACUGUAAGUGUUGUCACUGACAUUAUUCUGGAAUCGCACACCGCUCCAAUUCCUUCACAAUAUGACGAUGGAGCAAAUUCUAAAACUCUUCACGUUCUCGUUGCAAUGCUUGCUUUUAUUAAUGUUAUUUUAUGA